UUGACAUUGGACGGCCGGCCCGAUGCCAGCAGCCAUUUCCUGUUGAGCGGGAAGACAUUGGACGGCGGCGGAACCACCAACCUCUUGAAUCCCUGCAUUUCUUGAGCCAAAGGUUCGGUCGAGUGCUUGGUGAUAAACAGGAAAACCACCAGCCAGCCCGUCUUCUUCUUUCCACGAGACACCUUCCUUUUGCUGCCAUCCAAGUCCCUCCCCCUUCCCGUCACUAAGGGGUCACCACUGUCCAGCGGCGCCGGUCUAAGACGCUCGCUCCACAUUACCACGCUCCAAUCCCACCACACCACACCCUUGACGGCACCCCGCGAUACACUCUUUUCGCUGCUGUCGACACCGCCUUCGCCGUUGCCUUUCUAGACCGCAUAGACCGCUAGAUUCGACUUGUCCCUGCUCUUGACUGAGUCCACUGGGACUGCAUUUCCAUCCCUUUUAGAUACCCUCCGCUGCUCAAGCCCGCCCACCAUGUACGGCACGGGAACGGGUGCCCAGACCGGGGCUACCACCCCGCGAUCCUCGUCUUCUCUGCGACCUCUGACCAUCGCCCACGGCUCUCUCGAGACGUCUUUCUUAAUACCCACCAACCUCCAUUUCCACGCAUCGCAGUUGAAAGACCGCUUCAGCACGAGCUUGCCCGCUCCGACAGAUGAGCUUGCCCAAGAUGACGAGCCUUCGUCUGUCCCCGAGCUGGUUGCCAGGUACAUGGGCUUUGUUGCCCGCGAGGUCGAGGAGGGUGAGGACGAUGCACAGGGCUCCUACGAGGAGGUGUUGAAGCUCGUUCUUAAUGAAUUCGAGCGCGUCUACCUCCGUGGAAACGAGGUCCACGCUCUGGUGGCUACGCUGCCCGGCAUCGAUGCCAAAAAGCUUGUUGUCAUCCGCAGCUACUUUGCGGCGCGGUACGUGCUCAACAGGGCCAUCAAGCCUCACCCAUCGGCUCUGUUCAGGGCGUCUGCGGACGGCACUGCCAAGCUCUACACCAUCUUCGGUGGCCAAGGCAACAUCGAGGAGUAUUUCGAAGAGCUUCGGGAGCUCAACACCACCUACCCAGUCUUUGUUGGCGAGCUCAUCACCUCAUCGGCGGAGCUGCUACGCAACCUCUCAAGCCAUCCGAGCGCCGAGAAGCUUUUCUCCAAGGGCUUGGAUGUUAUGACUUGGCUGCAACACCCGGACACUACGCCUGACGUCGACUACUUGAUUUCAGCCCCGGUCAGCUUUCCCCUGAUCGGUCUCGUGCAGCUGGCCCACUACGAGGUCACUUGCAGGGUUCUGGGCAUCCACCCUGGACUGCUCCGCGAGCGGCUGAGCGGUGCCACUGGCCACUCGCAAGGUAUCGUCCUGGCUGCGGCGACGGCCGCGGCGAGCUCGUGGGAGAACUGGGGAGAGAUUGUCAAGUCGUCCCUGACGAUUCUCUUCUGGAUCGGUGCUCGUAGCCAACAGACCUUCCCCCGCACCUCGAUGACUCCGUCGAUGCUGCAGGACUCGCUCGACAAUGGCGAGGGCAUGCCCACCCCCAUGCUCAGUAUCCGCGACCUGCCGCAGGCCGAGGUCCAGAAGCACAUCGACAAGACGAACGAGUACCUCCCGGCCGAUCGCCACAUUUCCAUCUCCCUAAUCAACAGCCCGCGCAAUAUGGUGGUCACGGGACCCCCUAUUUCGCUGUAUGGUCUCAACCUUCAGCUCAGGAAGGUCAGGGCACCCACUGGCCUGGAUCAGAACAGGAUUCCUUUCACCGAGCGCAAAGUUCGGUUCGUCAACCGGUUCCUGCCCAUCACAGCGCCGUUCCACAGCAAGUACCUCGCAGAUGCUACUGCUAUGAUCGACGAGGAUCUGCAGUACACACACCUUGAUGUUAAGAACCUGGGUAUUCCGGUUUUUGACACGCAUACCGGAAAGGACAUCCGCGAGGAAGUCAAGGGCAACAUCGUUCCGACCCUGGUCCGCCUGAUCACGCGCGACACGGUGAACUGGGAGCAGGCGACUGUCUUCCCUGGUGCCACUCACGUCCUGGACUUCGGACCCGGAGGUAUCUCGGGCCUGGGCAUUCUUACCAGCCGUAACAAGGAUGGUACAGGUGUCCGCGUCAUUCUCGCCGGGUCGGUUGCUGGCACCAUCACCGAGGUGGGCUACAAGCCCGAGCUGUUCGAUCGCGAUGAGGAGCAUGCUGUCAAGUUUGCCGUCGACUGGGUCAAAGAAUACGGCCCCAAGCUCGUCAAGACUUCUAGCGGCCGCACCUAUGUCGACACCAAGAUGAGCAGAAUGCUCGGCCUCCCACCUGUCAUGGUCGCCGGUAUGACGCCCUGCACCGUCCCCUGGGAUUUCGUGGCCGCAACCAUGAACGCCGGUUACCACAUCGAGCUUGCUGGCGGUGGCUACUUUGAGCCCCGGAUGAUGCAGGAGGCCAUCCUCAAAAUUGAGAAGGCCAUUCCCGCGGGACGUGGCAUCAGCGUCAACUUGAUCUACGUCAACCCUCGCGCCAUGCAGUGGCAGAUCCCUCUUCUCGGUCGUUUGAGGGCCGAGGGCGUCCCGAUUGAGGGCCUCACCAUCGGUGCCGGCGUCCCCUCCAUCGAGGUCGCCAAUGAGUACAUCCAGACUCUUGGACUUAAGCACAUUUCGUUCAAGCCCGGCUCGACCGAUGCCAUCCAAGCCGUCGUCAACAUUGCCAAGGCCAACCCGACGUUCCCAGUCAUGCUUCAGUGGACUGGCGGUCGUGGUGGCGGUCACCACUCUUUUGAGGACUUCCACCAGCCCAUCCUCCAGAUGUACACCCGCCUUCGCAAGUGCGACAACCUCAUCCUCGUUGCCGGCAGCGGUUUCGGUGGAGCCGAGGACACUUACCCCUACAUCACGGGUGAGUGGUCCAAGAAGUUCGGCUACCCUCCCAUGCCUUUCGACGGUUGCCUGUUUGGUAGCCGGAUGAUGGUCUCCAAGGAGGCCCACACUGCUCCUGCUGCCAAGAAAGCCAUUGUUGACGCACCCGGCGUCGCUGACGAUGAGUGGGAGAAGACAUACAAGGGCAUCGCCGGCGGCGUCACCACCGUCCGGUCCGAGAUGGGCGAGCCCAUCCACAAGCUCGCGACUCGCGGUGUCAGGUUCUGGGCUGAGAUGGACCAGAAAAUUUUCGCUCUCCCCAAGGAGAAGCGUGUCGCUGAGCUGAAGAAGAACCGCGACUACAUCAUUGAGCACCUCAACAAGGACUUCCAGAAGGUUUGGUUCGGCAAGAACAAGGCCGGCCAGGCGGUCGACUUGGAGGACAUGACCUAUGGCGAGGUUGUCCGUCGCAUGGUUGAGCUGAUGUAUGUCAAGCAUGAGUCUCGCUGGAUCGACAUCACCUUCAUGCGCUUGACGGGAGACUUCAUCCACCGCGUCGAGGAGCGAUUUGUCCCGAGCCCCGGCCAGCCAUCGCUCCUCCAGAGCUACUCUGAUCUUCAGGACCCAUUCCCCACUGUGGAGCGCAUCCUUGCACACUAUCCCGAGGCCGAGACUCAGCUCAUCAACGCCCAGGACGUCCAGCACUUCUUGCAGCUGUGCAUGAGGCCGAUCCAGAAGCCUGUGGUCUUCGUCCCGGCCUUCGAUGAUGACUUCGAGUUCUACUUCAAGAAGGAUUCUCUGUGGCAGUCCGAGGACCUUGAGGCCGUCAUGGACCAGGACGUCGAGCGCACUUGUAUCUUGCAAGGCCCCACUGCCGUGCGCUACUCCACGGUCGUGGACGAGCCUAUCAAGAGCAUCCUGGACGGCAUUCACGAGGGACACAUCAAUGGUCUUACCAAGGACCUGUAUAAUUCCACGUCUGUUCCCUCGGUCGAGUACUUUGGCGGCAAGCUCGUUGAACCUGAGAUCAUCACCGAUGUUGACGGCCUGACUGUCUCUUAUGACGAGACGAAGAACAUCUACCGCAUCUCCAACUCUCCCACCAGCCCUAUGCCGAACACCGAUGCUUGGCUAUCGCUUCUUGCUGGGCCUACUCGAUGCUGGCGUCAUGCCUUGCUCAUGUCGGAGGUGUUUGUCCAGGGCACCAAGUACUACAGCAACCCCAUGAGGCGCAUAUUUGCUCCCGUCCGGGGCCUGUUUGUCGAGAUCCGCAAUCCCAAGAACCCGGCCAAGACGGAGAUCAUUGUCAGGGAGCAGCCCCGCCAUAACCACUACGUCGAUGUCCUUGUUGUCAGCAUGGUUAGCGAAAGCGAGAUCGUGGUCAAGAUGAUCAAGGAGACCACUGCGCUCGGCAAGCCCGUCUCGCUGCCUCUGCGCUUCAUCUACAAGCCCGAGGCUGGCUACGCCCCGAUCCACGAGGUGAUGGAGGAUCGGAACGACCGCAUCAAGGAGUUCUACUGGCGGGCAUGGUUCGGCAACGAGAAUCUCGACCUUGAUGCCGCCGUGGACGGCACUUUCGAUGGCGGAAAGGCUGUUGUGACCAGCGAGGAUAUCAACGACUUUGUCCAUGCCGUUGGAAACAAGGGCGAAGCCUUUGUUGAUCGUCCCGGCAAGAUCAUGUACGCCCCCAUGGACUUCGCCAUUGUCCUUGGAUGGAAGGCUAUCACUAAGCCAAUUUUCCCUCGCAAGAUUGACGGCGAUCUUCUCAACCUUGUCCACCUGUCCAACCAAUUCCGCAUGAUGCCUGGUGCCGAGCCGCUCAAGAAGGGAGACGAGGUUUCAACGGUUUCUAGAGUCAACGCAGUCGUCAUCCAGGACUCGGGCAAGAUGGUUGAGGUUUGCGGCACUAUCAGCCGCGACAAGCAUGCCGUCAUGGAGGUGACUUCGCAGUUCCUCUACCGCGGAGUCUACACCGACUUCGAGAACACGUUCCAGCGCAAGGUCGAGACACCCAUGCAGAUCCACCUGGCCACGUCCAAGGAUGUCGCCAUCCUCAAGUCCAAGGAGUGGUUCGUGCUGGAUGAUGGCGUCGACAUGGAGCUUCUUGGACAGACGCUCACUUUCCGUCUGCAGUCGCUGGUGCGCUACAAGAACAAGACGGUCUUCAGCAGCGUCCUGACUCGCGGCGAGGUCCUGGUUGAGCUGCCCACCAAGGAGACUCUGCAGGUCGCGAGCGUUGAGUAUGAGGCAGGAACCUCGCACGGCAACCCUGUGAUUGACUACCUGGAGAGGAACGGCGCGUCGAUUGAGCAGCCAAUCAACUUCGCGAACCCGAUUCCCCUGAGCGGCAAGACUCCCCUGGAGCUUCGUGCUCCCGCGUCCAACGAGACGUAUGCCCGCGUCUCAGGGGACUACAACCCUAUCCACGUCUCUCGCAUCUUUGCCAACUACGCCAAUCUUCCCGGCACCAUCACCCACGGCAUGUAUUCGAGCGCGGCCGUCCGGAGCCUGGUCGAGACGUGGGCGGCAGAGAACAACGUCGGUCGCGUGCGUAGCUUCCACGCCUCGCUCGUCGGCAUGGUCCUCCCCAAUGAUGGUCUGCAGGUCAAGCUUCAGCACGUGGGCAUGGUGGCCGGCCGAAAGAUCAUCAAGGUUGAGGUCCUCAACAAGGAGAACGAGGAGAAGGUUUUACUUGGAGAGGCCGAAGUUGAGCAGCCAGCUACGGCAUAUGUCUUCACUGGCCAGGGCUCGCAGGAGCAGGGCAUGGGGAUGGACUUGUACGACAGCAGUCCUGUGGCGAAGGAAGUCUGGGACCGCGCCGACAAGUACCUGAUGGACACAUAUGGCUUUGCUAUUACCAACAUUGUGAAGAACAACCCCAAGGAGCUCACAAUCCACUUUGGUGGUCCUCGUGGCAAGGCCAUCCGGGCCAACUACAUGGCUAUGACUUUCGAGACGGUCGCUGCCGACGGCUCCAUCAAGUCUGAGCGCAUCUUCAAGGACAUCAACGAGGCCACGUCGUCUUACACCUACCGCUCUCCAACAGGCCUGCUCUCAGCGACCCAAUUCACCCAGCCUGCCCUGACGCUGAUGGAGAAGGCCAGCUUCGAAGACAUGAAGGCGAAGGGUCUCGUGCCGCGAGACAGCACCUUUGCUGGCCACUCACUAGGUGAAUACUCGGCGCUAGCAGCCCUGGCCGACGUCAUGCCGAUCGAGAGUCUGGUCUCGGUUGUCUUCUACCGCGGCCUGACCAUGCAGGUCGCCGUGGAGAGGGACGCCAGCGGCCGCUCCAACUACUCGAUGUGCGCCGUCAACCCUAGCCGUAUCUCUAGGACAUUCAAUGAGGAGGCGCUCCGCUUUGUGGUUGGCAACAUUGCCGAGGAGACCGGCUGGCUUCUGGAGAUUGUCAACUACAACAUUGCCAACAUGCAGUACGUCUGUGCCGGCGACCUUCGGGCUCUGGACACGCUCACGGGAGUACUCAACUUCCUGAAGCAGCAGAAACUCGACAUUGAGGAGAUGAAGAAGACGAUGAAGGUGGAGGAUGUCAAGGAGAGCCUUCAGCAGAUCAUCCAAGGUUGUGCGCAGCAGACAGAGGCCAAGCCCAAGCCGCUGGAUCUGCAGAGGGGGUUCGCCACGAUCCCUCUCCGCGGCAUCGAUGUGCCCUUUCAUUCGACCUUCCUGCGCAGCGGUGUGAAGCCGUUCCGGUCUUUCCUCCUCAAGAAGAUCAACAAGACCACCAUCGAUCCAUCCAAGCUUCUUGGCAAGUACAUCCCGAACGUGACGGCGAAGCCGUUCGCGCUCACAAAGGAGUACUUCGAGGACGUCUACCGCCUGACGAACUCGCCCCGCAUCAGCGCCAUCCUGGCCAACUGGGAGAAGUACCAGGAUGACAACGCUGUUCCCUCGAGCAUUAUCAGCAAUGAGGCGAUUGGCUCCAACGGCGCAUCCAACGGCGACGAGGGCGCUCCUGCUGCAAAGUAAUGAGAUCAGGGGGUAGGGGCCUGUGCGUGGAUAUCAUAUCACGGCAUGUCCAGAAGCAUGAUUUUCUUGUUCUUUUUUUCGGGGCAUGGGAGAAUUUCAUGGGCUUUGUCUGAGGGGAUGGCGCAAAAACGGUGUGUUGUACAUUUAACGUGGCUUAUGCGGGCUUAUGAGUGGUACGGGUUGCAUUUUAGAGGUUAGUAGAAAAGUCGGGGAUUUGACGCACAGUCAUGUUGCUCUGUUGCGGACAACGGCUAGAUACAUAAUGGAAUUCCGAGCAUGAGAUUAGAC